UUUCUUGUUCGUAUUUGAAAUUAACCAAAAUGAAUUCAAGAUUUCGAGUUCGUAAUUUUUGCUCUGUUCUUGUUUUCAUUAUAUGCAUAAGCAAAUCCGCAGUUUCAGUGAAUGAAGCAGAAGACUACACUCAAUUCCUUCUCGCAAAUGGCGUCGGCCGUACACCUCCAAUGGGCUGGAAUAGCUGGAAUCAUUUUCAAUGCAAUGUUAAUGAGUGGACUGUUAAGACUACUGCUGAUGCUCUUGUUUCAACUGGAUUGGCUGCACUUGGAUACAAAUAUGUUAACAUCGAUGAUUGUUGGGCUGACCAGACUAGAGAUUUGAAGGGUAAUCUAAGAGCAAAUUCUUCAACUUUUCCUUCUGGAAUAAAGGCCCUUGCUGAUUAUGUUCAUGCAAAAGGCUUAAAACUUGGGAUAUAUUCUGAUGCAGGUUAUUCAACAUGUAGCAAGAAAAUGCCAGGCUCUCUUGGGCAUGAGGAGCAAGAUGCAAGAACUUUUGCCCAAUGGGGUGUUGACUACCUGAAGUAUGAUAAUUGCUAUCAUGAUGGUUCUAAGCCUCAAGUCAGAUAUGCCAGGAUGAGUUAUGCAUUGCGCAAAGUAGGACGGCCAAUUCUAUAUUCUUUAUGCGAAUGGGGAGAAGAGGACCCGGCAAAAUGGGCCGGGGAGUACGGUAAUGCUUGGAGAACUACAGGGGACAUCAAAGACUCAUGGGAAAGUGUGGUUUCAAUUGCGGAUCAAAACAACAUUUGGGGAAGAUAUGCAGGACCGGGCAAGUGGAACGAUCCUGACAUGUUAGAAGUGGGCAAUGGAGGAAUGACUAUAGAGGAGUACCGCUCGCAUUUUAGCAUUUGGGCUUUAAUGAAAGCUCCUCUACUCAUCGGAUGUGAUGUCGGAUCGGCAAGUAUACAGACUCUUAGAAUCCUCGGAAACAAGGAGGUGAUCGACGUUAAUCAGAAUUCACUCGGUGUUCAAGGCAGGAAAAUUCGAUCAAAAGAUGGCCGAGAGAUUUGGUCAGGGCCACUGUCAAGGAAAAGAACUGUGGUCUUAUUAUGGAACAGGAGUGGCUCCAUGGCUCCUAUAUCAGUAAGUUGGAGAGACAUUGGGGUUUCUCCAAAUAGUUCCUUAAUGAUCAGAGACUUAUGGGCACACUCGUAUGUUUCGAUGAGCAAGCGUUACGGACUAACUGCAUACGUUGCUCCUCAUGCUUGCAAGAUGUAUAUCCUCACCCCAUCUUAGAUAUAUAAAACUUUAAGCGUGUUUUGGGAUUUUAAUACGAAUUGUAUAAUUUAAAAUAUAAUUUUUACUUUUUACUGUUUAAUUACAUGUUAAAAAUUCACUCAAUCAACAUAAAUGUGAAUUUCGAGUAAUUGAUCGUGGAA